CUAUUUCAAUAAAAUACAAGCAAUAUUAGAAAAGAGUUUAAAAUUAUUUUACAUAAAAGUAUAGCAUAAAAUAAAUUUCAUUUUAUAAAAUAAAAAAACAUGUCGAAGAAAAUUAUUUUUUAUGAGUUUUUCUUAUUUUGGCAAUUAAGUCAAGUUUUAGGUGUUUAUUAUGAUACUCAAUGUGAAGAUUUUAAAAAAUACGUUAUUAACUCAUUAAACCACAUUCGUAUUCAAAAUGGAUGGGACUCAAUUCAACAAUCAGAAAUUAAACUUGAGUACUUAACAAUUAAUACCGAAACCGUAACAAGUCAAAUUAUCGAUGAAAGUAACUUUAUACAAAAACUCUACUAUUUAACUUACCUAUUAAAUUGUGAAUUUACCAAUACAAUGCAAACUUUCAAUGUAAUGUUAGGCCUUGUUUUAAAUAAGUGUGAAGUUAAAUAUUUAAUAAAUAAACAAUAUGAUCAAUUGGGAUAUUGCACAAGGCUAAUUAUUUACAUUUUUAAUUUUUCAAUAAAUAUGUUUAAUGAAAUGUUGAAAGUAUUAAAAUAUCUUGACAAAGUCGACCUACGAAUUAUAGACUCGGCUAUGGUUACUAUUAAAACUGUAGAUAGUGAAAUAAAUUAUUUUCACACAUAUGCAAUUGAGUUAAGCAAUAUUUCAUUAUUUGAACUACCUAGUACUUUUAAUUGGGUCAAUACUUUUGAAAACAUAAAACAUUUUAAUAAAAAAGCGGAAUUAAUAAUAUCAAAUCUCUACAAAAAUAGAAAAGUGUGUGGGACAGAACACGAAAGUUCCAUUUUAGACAAAUUAUUGAUGAAAUACAAUAUCGAUCAAAUGGAAAAACUGGUGGAGGACUCCAACGAAUUUAUCAAUGAUAUUUUUAAAGAUCUUGAAUUAUAUUUUACCGGAAUAAUAGAAAAUUGUUAUUCAAAACUAGGCUUUGAACAUCUAGAAAGUACAAAUACGUUCGUGUAUAUUCAUUCCAAAAGAAGGAUAUACGGCUAUAAUGAAGGCAUUGUAUUGUGUAAUCAUUUUAUUUCUCAAACUGGUUGGAUGUCAUGGAAACAUAUAUCUGUUAAAACUGAAUUUACAAAUGGAAAAUCACUUUAUUUCAAAGACAUUAUAUCUACAGUUGAUAAGGAAAAUUAUUAUUUUGUGCGGACAUAUCUUUCACUUAUUUUAAGAUGUCGCUAUAUUGAAAUAUUUCAUAAUUUUAAUAUAAUGUUGGGACAUAUAGUUAAUGUUUGUAAAUAUGAAAAUAAAAUUAAUUGUGCAGUUAAGCUUUAUGAAACACUUAUGACAUCCGAUGGCAUGUUUAAAAAAAUGUUAGUUGCGCUUAUUACUUUGAAACACUACACAAAAGAUAAAAAAUGUCGACAUCGAGAAUUAUUAUUAGAGAAAAUGAUAGAAUUUUUUAUUGAUUAUUUGAAUGAUGUUAGGAAAAAGUAUGUUUCAUUGUUGUUAUUUACUAAAGAUAGACUUUAUGAAGCUUCAAUGUUUCUUGAAGAGGUAUCUCACAUUCAAUCUUUAGAUUUACAGAUAAAAUUAAAGCAUGUUAUCAAGUUCAACUUGAAAUAUUGUAACAUUAAUAAAUGUGAUUCAGACAUAGAUUUGACAACAUUUGAAUGUUCAAUUAAAAACAAUACCUUAACAGAAUAUAGUACUACUUAUCAAACUAUGUGUAAUUACUUGGAAUCAUUUGUUCUAAAGGUCGUGAAAAAUGAUUAUGAGUAUUUAGGUUUCAAUAAUUUGCUUUUUAAAAAUUGAUUUUUUAUUCGAUACUUAUUAAAAAUAUUUUUAUUAUGUUAUAUAAGUUAUUAUAAAAUAAUUUUAAGACCAGAUAAAGUUGACUCUGUUUUUUAGUAUAUUUGUAUAUUGUGUGAAUACUAUACUUUGGUUGAGCUGAAUUUGGAGCAUAUAAUCGACAUACUUUAUUGGUAAUGCUAUGCUUGAUGGCAGGCGGAUACCGAAAGAUGUUUUAGACAUGAUAAUUCUUUUAAUUAAGUUUUUGCUCUCUCUUUUCACUUUGGUCCCUUUAUUUGUAGAGAAAGUAUUGUUUUAGAUGGUUUUUUUUCGUUUUAAAAUGUUUUUUAAUAAAAACCUAUUAAUUUGACAUAACUA